CAACAGAAUUAAGCAGUUGGAUCACCACCUUAGUCAGUUCUCAGACAAGACAAAGCACAAUGCCUCAAACAACUCCGCAGCAGCCACGAAAACCAUUCAACCGCGGACACUGCUUCCUUGUCUUAAUUUCCAUCAUCGUCGUCCUUGGUCUAGUUGCCCUCUUCACCUGGCUAGCCCUCCGCCCGAAAAAACCUGUUUACUCCAUUGAAAGUGGCAGCCUUUCUGACUUCAACUUAAAUGACAUCCAUCUCAAUUCCACCUUCUAUUUCACCAUCCGGACGCACAACCCCAACCACCGAGUCUCCAUAUACUAUGAUGCAAUUAAUUCAUCGGUGACCCACCACAACCAGAGCAUCGCGUUCUCCACAAUCCCACGAUUCUUUCACCGGCGCCGGAAUGUGACCGAUCUCACGCCCAAGUUCGUGGCGAGGGAUGUGGCUCUGUCCCACGCCAAUGCCGCCGACCUUAAGCAAGAGAGUAGAACCGGGCAAGUUGAGCUGGAAGUUCAUGUCACUGCAAGGAUUCGGUUCAAGGCGGGUGUGUUUAAGUCGCGCCAUCGGACUCUCAAAGUGGUUUGUGUUCCGAGACUUGUAGCUGUCGAUAAUAUUGUUGCACCUAAAUCUAAGAUCAUCUUUAAAUAAAGCACCAUGUUCAAAACAUUUUCAUCAAGCAAAGGAAAAAGUUGUCAUUUAUGCAUUUCAAGGACUAAGAAAGAGUUAGAUCAAUCUACCUAGUUAUGCCUUAAUUUCGAGUAGUUGAGGAUUUGAUGGGCAAUAAUUAACUUGGUACUUU